UCUCCUCUCUCUUAAUCUUUAUCUCCUCUCUCUUCUCUCUCUUUGCUUUGCUUCUCUUCUUCUCUGUCAUCAUAUCAACAACAACCCAAAUUGGUGAGUUGCCCAUUCUCCUCUUCUUCCUACUCUCUCUUAAUCUUCUCUCUCUUACUUUCUCUCUCUACCCAUUUACUUAUUCUCUCUCAUCAUCAUCAUCAACCACCCGAAAAUCACCCAUUCUUAAUUUGCGUCCCACCACAGAAGAAGAAAACCAGAUCUGUUUGUUCAGAAGCCCGGUAUCGGAUUUGGGUACUUCUCUGAACCUCUCGAAAUCCUCAAUUCCGCCAUUGUUUUGUAUAGAGAGAAAGGUGGAGAGGUUGUAGAGGGAGAGAGAGAAGCAAGGCAAGAGCAUCUGUUGCUUUAGCUCGGAUUGCUUGCUCUCAGAGAGAGCUCCAAAGCUUCUUACUUCACUUCAAAUCCUCCUAUUCGCAUCUUGGGUCCUCCUCCUCUUCCUUGCAGAGAGAGAAAAUCUUGCUUCUAUAGAGAGAAAAGGACUUUCUGAUUCUUGGGCCAUGGAGGAAGAGCAAGAAUACAGGCAUUCCUGCAAGUUUUGCAAGAAGAAAUUCUCCUGUGGAAGGGCUCUCGGUGGUCACAUGAGGUCCCAUAUGGCCGUGGCUGCUUCCUCUGAAACAGAGGAAAAGCCCACUCUCUCUCUACAAAAGACUCUCUCUCCACAAAAGAAGAAGACCGCGAACUCUUCAUCUGAGUGCAUGGCCCUUGACCACCCUGGUUAUGGCUUGAGAGAGAACCCAAAGAAGACAUGGCGAAUCUCUGAUUCCGAUGAGUUCUUAUGCGGAGACACGAGGUUUUGCAAGAACUGCGGAAAGGGUUUUCAUUCAUGGAAAGCUCUCUUUGGUCACAUGAGGUGUCACAGAGAGAAAUGGUCAGAGUCCAUUGAGAACAAUUCAUGGAGCUUGGUUCCUCUAGAGAGAGAGAACCAACAAGUUCUUGAUAGCCAAUCCGACAACGAAGGAGCUCCGAAGAAGCGGCGAUCGAGAAGAACCAGGUACUCUUCUUCUUCUUCUUAUGCACCCCUCUCUACUCUGAAUGCUUCUUCCUGUGCAUCUGAAACUGAGCAUGAGCAAGAAGCCAUAGCCAUGUGUCUCAUGAUGCUCUCUAGGGAUGUGGGUUCAGCUAGAGAUGGAGUUUUAGACUUCUCUGAGGUGAAUUCUCUCUCUAGAAGUGCUAGAUCAGGGUUAGAGAACAAGAACAUAAGGGGAAUUAGGCCUGGUAUCGAAUCUAUCACUGACCAGAAGCUCGUUAAUGGUGGUUUGGGCUCUGAUCAUGCAUCGAAAAAAGCUGAAUUUGAUGGUUCAGAGAGUAAGAAGCCUGAAUUCUCUAGCACUGAUAGUGGGUUUGUCAAAGAAGAGUGGAAGAAGAAGACUGAAUUCAAUGGUUUCAAUAAUAGGUUCUUGAAAAUUGAGGCGGAGAAGCAAAAAUCAGAUGAAUCAGAAACUCUGUUUGUGAAAGGUGACACUGAAUUGGGGGCUGAUUCUAGUACGAGAACAAGGAAUGGAGUUUCGAGGUUAAUUGAGAAGGAUUCUAGAGAGAAAAACCGAUAUGGUGAACUAAACGGGGAGCUGGGAAAGCAUUCUAGGGAAAGGAGAAGGCACAGUCGAAUCGACACUGAGUUGGGGGUCGGUUCUAGUAAGAGAAACAGGCAUGGUCGAUCUGGUAUAGAGUUGGGCAAGAAUUCUAGUGAAAGAAAUGGAUGCCAUCAGUUUGAAACAGAGCUCGGGAAGGCUUCUAGUGAGAGAAACAGGGAUGAUCAGUUUGUCGAUGAUUUAGUUCAGGAAUCUAGUGAGAGAAACAUGUACAAUCGACAAGAAGAUUCGAGUUCAGUGAAAGUUCAUCAGACUCACAAGAAGGGGAAAUAUGAGUGUACGACUUGUAACAAGAGUUUCCACUCUUAUCAGGCUCUAGGCGGCCAUAGAGCAAGCCAUAAGAAGGUCAAGGGGUGCUUCGCUAGAAUUGAUGGCAGUGAUAAUAGCACGGAGACUGAGGUCUCUCCUGAUCAGAGACCAUCAAUGCCUGAUGAGAAGCUCAAGCCUUACAGACUUGUGAACCUAAUGGAAGGAGAAGGGAGUGGUGAGACUAAUUGUGGGCCUAGUAAAAGUAAGAUUCAUGAAUGCCCAAUUUGUUUCAGGGUUUUCACAUCGGGCCAAGCUUUAGGGGGCCACAAGAGGUCUCACAUGGCCUCUGAAGCUAGUAAGGCAGCAAUUAUUCAACAGCAAAUGCCUGUGGUUUCGGAGCUUCUCGAUCUCAACUUGCCUGCUCCAAUGGAGGAAGAUACUAAUAGUAAUACCAAUGUCCACGUUGGGUCCAAGUCUUGGUGGACUAAUGGCAAUAAUAAGAUUGAAGAACCGCGUGAGGCUCAAAUACUAACUGAUCAGAGCAAUGUUGUAAGUGCUAAGCAUGCUAAGUUUCAUAGCCUUAGCAGGCCUCCUAGGCCAUGCCUGCAAGUCUAGAGCUCCAAAGGUUUGUGUUUCCUUGCCAAGUAUGGAAAGAUUUUUUGGGGUGGGUCUGUGUCGAUUUCAUUCGACGGGUUUCUUUGAUUUGGGCCAAUAAAGCAAGGACACCAUUACUUGAGCUCCAAAGGUUUCUGAUUCAUUACCAUUUAUGGUAAGGCUCUUGGGGUUUUGAAUGUUUUCCAUUGAUUGGGUUUCUUUGAUUUGGGCCAUUUAAGCAAGCGGUGAUACUAUUAGGUCAGCUAUGAAAUAAGAUUCAAACUAAAAAAGUUAAAAAAAAGGGGCAAAAAUUAUGUUGUGCACGAGCUUCGUGAGGUGUGGCCUCGUGAUGCUGGUUUGGGACUUGGGUUUACAUCAGAAAGGAAGCGAAAAAGAGUGUACAGGAAGUUGAUGGAUUAUUUUUCAUUCAUUCUUUUGUGGAUUCAGGCUGGCUACCAGAGGUUGCAGUUGCAGUAACAAAGCAGAGAGUUUUGGAUUGGAUUGCAAUAAUUGGGUUGUGUAUAGAGCAAACAAGGAUCAUGGUGGAAUGUAUUUUUAUAUACAUGGGAGCAUGUGAUAUCCCCAAGAUGUGCUGUUCAUGUACCAACCAAAGCACCUUUUAUAACAUGACAGCCCAUCUCUCUUAUGUGAACACUCACUUU